UUUAGCGCAGUGGCGCUAGUGUAAAAAUUACUACAUCUUUAUAGCCAAGCAGUGUAGCCACGCGAUUACCAUCUCCUUUUCGGCGUUUGUCUCGUGGUAAAUAGAAGGAAAAGUGUCUCUAUUCAUCCAAACUGAUCUCAAUAAAUUUGAAUAAAUCAUGGGAAGAAAUUCUUCUGGGAAGACUACGGUACCUAAAGUAACAGAUCAAACAUCGCAGCAGAAACAACAACAGACACAGGAGACAGAGCAACAACAGCAGUUACAACAGCAACAGCAGUUACAACAUCAGCAGCAGUUACAACAACAACAGCAGUUACAACAACAACAGGCACAACAACAGCAGACACAACAACAACCGCAGCUGCAACAACAACAGUUUCACCAUCAAAAUUUUCAUCCGCAGCAAUCUCACCAUAUUACUCAACAGCAACAUUUUCAACAACAGCAACAUUUUCAACAACAGCAACAGUUGCAACAACAACAGCAACAAUUGCAGCUGCAACAGCAAUUCCAACAGCAAGUGGAGCAGCAGCAGUUGUUACAGCAGAAGAUCGAAGCGCACCAACAGCAACUACGGCAGCAGCAGGAGCGCUUCGAUCAGCAGAAGCUGCAAUGGGAAGAAGAGCAAAACAAUAUUGCACUGCCUCAACCAGCAGCGCAAUCCAGCUCAACUUCACAAGCGCAUCCAAUCUCACAAACAGUCCCACCAAACAAACCUCAAACAUCGAGACCUGUAUAUUCCGGGUACGAUUACUCCAGGCAGGAACAAUCACAAAAAAGGGACAAUUCAAAUAAGGUAUGGAAUUUAGAAAAAAGGGUGAAUGAGCUGGAGAAGAGUUUGCGAAGACUAAAAAUGGAUUUUAGACAAAUGGAAAGAGAUAGAGAGGAAGAUAGAGAACGAGAGAGAGCAAGGGAAAGAGCAAGAGAACAAGAAAGAACAAUAGAACGAGAGAGAGAAGAAGAAAGAGCCAGAGAAAGAGAAGAAGAAAGAGCCAGAGAAAGAGAAAGGGAGAAAAAGAAAAUGAGAAAAUAUUAAAUUAACAUUCUUCUUCUUAUUAUUAUUUACAUCACACGGAUUGAUAGUUCAUCCACACACAGCCGCGAAAAAUCCCUCUGCAAGUUGAAAUAAACUUGACCACAAUCUUCUGAAUUUGUAGUUCCAAAGCUCAUGAAACUAAAAUCAAAUCUUUAAAUGUACGCAGUUUUAUAAAGUUGUGUGUAAAAGUUGCAUAAAAGUUUAAAAUUUUGAAAAAAAUGUCAAGUUUUCAAACUUUUGCAACUUUUUUCCAACUUUCUCUGUUUGUUAUAAAAAUUUAUUAGAAAUUAAAAUUUUUUUUAAACAUUUAUGCAAUUUUAAUAAACUUCUUCGUUCAAUAUUGAAAGACUGCGAACAUUUAAAGAUUUAUUUCUAGUUUCACGAGCUUCUGAACUAAAGAUUCCAAAGGUUAUCUUCACUUUAAAGAAGUAUCCGACAAAGAAUCGGAAGAAAAGAUAGUCUAAUGUCAUAAUUAAAAUAAACAAAAAAAAUUUUUUUAUACAAACGACAAUUAAAAAUUGCAUUGUAUAUUUAUCAAUAUUACAUCUCUCAUUGUGUCAAACCUGUUCUGUUUUCUGUAAAAUUCCUUUUUUUACACGAGACAUGUAACAUUUAAGCAAAUUAUAUUAUAUAUAUGAAGAAGUUAAAUUGAUUUGUACAUUUUAUUCACUAGAAGCAUAAAGAAAUUAAUUUUCAAUAUUUUAAACAAUUAAAAGUUGCAUUUGAAUAAAAUUCAUAAUUUUCUGUCAACAAGAACAAAAAAUAUUUCUUACUUACAGAACAUUACAAUUUCUAUUCAAAUGCAACUUUAAAUUGUUUAAAAUGGUCGAAAUUAAAUUCAUCACGCUUCCACCAUAACAAAUUUCAAAUGCAAUGAAUCUUUUUCUAUCAAUAUUAUAUAUAAAUAUACCAAUUAUGACAUUAGACUAACUUUUCUUUUUAUUGUAUGUGAGAUUCCUUUUUAAUUUUAACUUCCAUCAAAUUUUUGGUUCUGUGUGAGAUAAUUUUUCAUAUCGCACUCUGUAAAUCUGAAUCACUGAAAUUCACUUGUAUACUUUAAAUAUACCAACUCACUGAUUUCUCAUUGCAUUUUAACUAAUUUUCAGUUAAUAAUUACUGGUAAUUCAGUGAUUUGGUAUACUUAUAACUGUAAACCCAGUGAAUUUCAAUUAUUAUAAUUUAGUGUGGAAGGUCUUAGAACCUAAUUUCUAUACAUUUCUAAGAAUAAUUUUUCCUUUUUUUCUUUCAAUUAAAAUAAAAAAAACACUUUUUAUACAAAUGACAAUUAAAAAUUGCAUUGUA